AUGUCCCACACAAUACUUUUGGUACAACCGGGGCUGAGACCUGAAACUAGGACAUAUUCUGAUUACGAGAGCGUAAAUGACUGUAUGGAGGGUGUUUGCAAGAUUUACGAAGAACAUUUGAAGAGACGGAACCCGAAUACUCCCACUAUUACUUACGAUAUUUCGCAGCUCUUCGAUUUUAUUGAUCAACUAGCAGAUCUCAGUUGCCUAGUGUACCAAAAGUCUACAAAUACUUACGCACCAUACAAUAAAGAUUGGAUUAAGGAAAAAAUAUAUGUACUUUUACGUCAAGCAGCUGGUCAAAGUGAUUGA